AUGGCUGCUGCCACCGAAGCCCCCAAUAUGGACCAACAGGUCGACCUGUCCACGAUCCCCAUCUCUCCCAACGGAAAGAGCGAAGGCGCCGAAGCCAAGGACGGUGACAAGCCUGUCACGGUUUUCCACGACAAGGACAACUUCAAUGUCAAGCAUCCUCUUCAGAACAAGUGGACUCUGUGGUUCACCAAACCCCCGAGUGGAAAGGGCGACAACUGGAACGAUUUGCUCAAGGAGGUCAUCACCUUUGACUCCGUUGAAGAAUUCUGGGGAGUCUAUAACAAUGUUGCCCCCGUCUCCGAACUCGCCCUCAAGUCCGACUACCACCUGUUCAAGGCGGGAGUACGUCCCGAGUGGGAAGACCCUCAGAACAAGCACGGUGGUAAGUGGUCGUAUCAGUAUAAAGACAAGCGAAACGUCGAAGUCGACCGCCUGUGGCUGCAGGUCAUGAUGGGUGCCAUCGGUGAAACCCUGGAGGAGGAGGAUGACGGCGAGGUCAUGGGUGUUGUCGUCAACGUGCGAAAGGCGUUUUAUCGUAUCGGUGUGUGGACUCGCACUAUUGGUAAGAGCAUUCCUGGCCGUGGUGACGGAGACGUUGCCGGUGGCAAGGGCCGUAGCGGUGAGAAGAGUAAGGAUAUUCUGAUGUCUAUUGGACGACGCUUCAAGGAGGUUCUUGAGCUGCCGAGCAACGAGCAGGUUGAGUUCUCUGGCCACUCCGACAGUGCUCACGCUGGUAGCACGAGAGCCAAGGCCAAGUAUACUGUGUAA